CACGGGGAUCACGAGCACAUGCAUGCGCCUCAUGCACGGUCGCAAGUACAACCACAAGUACAAGCACAAGCACAAGCACAAGCACAAACUCAAGCACAGGUACAAGCUCAAGCACAGGUACAAGGAAAAACACAAGGGAAAGCACAGGGGAAAGUGCAAAACGCAGGAGGAGCAAUAACAGCAGCAGCAACAUUGCAUCCCGCCAAUGCACCCCACAAUGCGCCUCGCGAGAAACAGCAGCAGCAGCAGCAGCAACCACACCAACAAUCGCAUGGGUAUCAACAGCAGCACUCGCACAGCCGAAGCCGUAGUCAAAGUCAUAAUCAGAGCCUUGACCAUUUUCACGCGCGCCAUCCAAGCUUUGGAAUGGUGACACAGCCCGAAUCUUCAUUUGAUUAUCCAACCCCACCACAGACACAAAAACACCAACACCUCAACUUACCACCACACCACCACCACCAUCACCAUCACCAGCAGCAACCAUCAUCACCGCCAGCACACCAUCAACAGCAACCACCGCAACAGCAACAACAGCAGCAACAACAUCCCAGCAGGCCCCAUUCUCAUUCACGCUCUCACUCCCGAUCUCAUCCCAACGUCCCGGAUCACACCCUGAAACCCAUUAUCACCAACAAACCCUCGAUCUCGUCAUCAUCCUCACCCUCAACGAACAAUCAGGGCCACUAUGGGGUCCAGUACUCGCAAAACAAUUCUUCUUCUGGCGGGAGCACCGCGCAUUCGACCUUCUCCGCGCCCCCUCCCCAGAUCCAGACCCAAGGCGGACCUAGUCGGACCCAUGGCCCUUCGUCGGGACAGCAGCAUGGACAUCCGUAUCAGGCGCCUCCUCAGCAUAGGUCACACUCGAGGACGCAUUCACAGCAUCAGCACCCGAUCCAGAUUCAGCAGCAGCAGCAGCAACAGCAGCAACAGCAACAUCUGCAUACGCGCGACGCACAUCCGCACGCGCAUGGUGGUCGACGCCCGUCGCAACAGCAACGUGCUGGACCACAUUAUGAUCUUGCGCACGGGUCACAUCCUGGAUCGCGUCUUGCGCAUGCUGAUCUUCAUCACCCGCACCACCAACAGCAGCAUGUGUACGCGCAGAGUCAUCGGUCUCAACGACAGCAGCCACAGCAGCAGGAACAGCAGAGGGACGAUAGGUCGUACCUGCAGAGCCAUAAUGGGCCAGCAAGCGGUCGGCAGUCUGCGCAGUCUGUGCGGUCUCGGGCGGCAUCGUCACAGGGGAUGGUCGUGGAUUUGGAGGAUGAGGAUGAUGAGGAUGAUGGAGAGAUCAAGCAGGAUGGUGCGCGGAGUGGGCGAGCGGGUAGUCAGGACGGUGGCGGUAGUGGUGGUAGCGCGGGAGUGAAUAAGAAGCAUCACCAGCAGCAGGAAUCUUCGGAGGUGCACAAGUGUAUGGAUUGUGGGAAGGUGUAUAAGCAUCCGAACUGUUUGUGGAAGCACCGGUGGUUGCAUUCUGUGUAUUGGAAGAGCGCCACCAAAUUUCUUCUGUCAAAACACCAACAGGUGCAGCUGAUGGAGGCUGCCGCGAUCCUGUUGGGGAUGGACGAGUCUCGAGAGGGAGAUAAGGAUCCGGUAGUGAGCAUGGUCAGCAAGCAACGAGGGGCGCUCGUUAAUUCCGUGGGCUCCUCGUCUUCUUCUUCGAGUUCGUCGCCUCCGAUCUCGGCAAAGUCGUUGUCAUCCUCGCCGCCUCCACAGUCAGAACGUGUUUCGGCUAUGACGGAGGCACAGAACAAUGAUAUCCAGAUGCUCACGGCGCUCCGAAACGGACAUUACCAUUCAGCAGCAGCAGCAGCAACGGCAAUAGCAGUAGGACGACCGGGGUUGGAGAGUGGACGUCGUCCGUCAGUGGCGGUCAAGGUCAAGGUCGAGCCCUCUUCUUCUUCGUCCGAUGUAUCGCACAUAAGAUCUAAUGGAGUCAAGGCCCAGAAGACGAUAUCCCAGUCUUCGUCCACAAGUUCGUCGCCCUCGACAUUAUCUUCAUCCACAUCCAAGAAAUCGACAAAGACGUCUACUUCUUUAUCGAAUCCGUCCACACCACCGACGCUUGCGCCCGACGAUGGCGAGAGCCUUCCGGAUGGAGAGGAGGAUACCCGUGCGACGGUGACGCCUCCGUCGCGGUACCUUGGAGGACCACUGUCGGUCGAGGAUAAUAAGGGUGCUGGAGGGGCUGUUGUGGAGUUGGGAUUGGGGAUGGUGGAGGUGGAUCAGAAGCCACUACAACAUGAACGUCCGCAUCUGGACCGUGAGCAGGAGCCGUACCGGUAUGCGGGGUAUCCAUAGACGGGAGAGGUUUCUUUUUUUUUUUAACUGGGGGUUUUGGGGGGUUUUUGGUUUUCUUUUCUUUUGCAUGAUGCCCAUUGUCCUUUUUUUCGCCCAUGCAUUCAUAACGCAUUUUUUUUCUUUCUUUGCUCGUUUUCCACUGCUAUCAUAAUUUGCUUUUUACAUUCCCAUCUCAUACACGUUGUAUAAAAAAAAAAGAAAGGAGAAAAAAGAAGUCUUUCUAGCAUCCAAGAGCAUAAAGUAAU